AUGGGUGGGAAAAUAGACAAAAGUGUCAACAAUGGUUCAGCUCCUCCCAUUUUCAAGAUACAUGGACAGAAUUUUCAUCGUAUUGGUAGCUUGCUACCACCUGAUGGUAGUCAACCGAAGUUUGCACAAUUAUACAUUCACGACACACAAAAUGAAAUUCAGAAUCGCAUUGCUUCUGUCAGGGAAAACACAUCUAGACAAGAUUUACAUGUUGAAGUGGUGGAGGACAUUAGAGAUGUUUUAGAUGAAAAUAAUGUAUUGGUGAAAUCUUUUCGUAUGGCUAGGUCAGAAAUUGAUAGAAAUCCAAGGGUUGAUAUCAAGAUGAGAUUGAUUGAGGUCGCAACACUAAUUGUUAGUGAUUUGGAUCCAUCUAUGGGUCAUAGAGAUAUUUUGGUUGAGUGUAAAUCUGGUGGUUUGCAACGAAUAAAUGAACUAAAUCCAUCAUAUAUACCAUUGCAAUACCCGAUUUUAUUUCCGUAUGGUGAAGAUGGGUUUAGAGAGGAUAUACAGUUUGCAACCAGAACGUCAAGUAGCACAAAUGCUAGGAAGCGUAUAUCUCAAAGGGAAUUUUUCGCAUUCCGUAUCCAUGAGAGAUUGGACGAAUUAUCUACUAUUUUGUAUGCUAGGCGAUUAUUUCAACAAUUUAUUGUGGAUGCAUACACACUGGUAGAAUCUGCAAGGUUGAUAUACAUAAGGACUCACCAAAAAUCAUUGAGGUGCGAAGCAUUAAGAGGUUUGACAAAUGCCUUGACUAGAGGGGAGACUAAAGCCAGCACUCAAGGAAAAAGAAUCCUAUUGCCCUCAAGCUUUACAGGUGGUGCGAGAUACAUGAUUCAGAAUUAUCAGGAAGCAAUGGUCAUCUGUCGACAUAUUGGUUAUCCAAACCUAUUCGUUACAUUCACAUGUAACCCGAAAUGGCCGGAAAUACAACGAUACAUUACAAAGAGAAACUUACAUGCUGAAGAUCGACUUGACAUUGUUUGUCGUGUAUUUAAGAUGAAAUUGGAUUGUUUAAUAAAGGAAUUCAAACAUGGUGAGCUAUUUGGCCCAGUGAAAUCAGUUAUUUACACAAUUGAAUUUCAAAAGCGUGGGUUACCACAUGCACAUAUCUUGAUCUUCCUAAAGAAUAAAGGUGAUAUGUCCAGUCCGACAUACAUAGAUUCAAUUAUAAAGGCUGAGAUCCCAGACACAGCAUUAGAUAUGAAUUACUACAAUGCAGUUGAGGAAUUCAUGGUUCAUGGACCAUGUGGAUUGGCAAGAAAGAAUUCCCCAUGCAUGGUUAAUGGGAAGUGUUCUAAACACUUCCCCAAAAAAUUCGCGAAUGAAUCGCAAUUUGACCACGAGGGGUACCCCGUAUAUAGACGACGGGAUGAUGGAAAAACCAUUAAGAAGAACGAUUUGGUUCUAACAGAAGUUGAAAAACAAAAUUUUGGGCUAAUGGAGCUGGACAAAUUGCUAAUGGUACACAACAAGUCUCUUAUAGACUUUCUACCGAUGCCAACACCAAACCUGGAUGGCUCAAGAGCGGUCGAAAAUAUUUUGUUGUUUGAAGAAUUGAACUACGAUCGCACGACACUUAAGCUUGAGAGCGAAAAAAUGUCAAAAACUCUAACUGAUGAACAAAGGGAAAUUUUUGAGACCAUUAUUCAGGACGUGAUGAAAAACAAAGGUGGGUUGUUCUUUGUUUAUGGGUAUGGGGGUACUGGUAAAACAUUUUUGUGGAAGACGUUAUCUGCUGCACUGCGAGCGAAAGCCAUCAAUUCAUCGUACUUGUGGGACAGUUGUAAAGUGUUACGAUUAACAAAAAACCUUCGUUUAAAUAGAGUUGAUCCGGGUGUAGACAUCAAACAACUUGAGGAAUUUGCAAAUUGGAUCGCAAGUAUAGGUGAUGGAAUUGUCGAUGGUCACAGUGAUGGUAACACUGAGAUAGUGAUACCGCAUGAUAGGUUACUGCCGUCCGAUGGAGACCCGAUCACCACUAUAGUUGAAAGUACGUUCCCUAUGAUCAUGAGUGGGAAUGCAGAUUCUAGCCUUCUUGAAGGUCGAGCAAUUCUAGCCCCAACGCUUGACGUGGUUAAUUCAAUCAAUGAAUACAUGAGUGAUUUGCAUAUAGGGGUUAGCAGAACAUACUACAGUUGUGACUCAGUAUGUAGAUCCGAGUCAAAUAGCAGCCUGCUCGAUGAUGUGCACACACCGUAG